UCCGCCGCCAUCUUGGCCGGGGGGGAAGCGCUGCCGCCACAGCCGCCAAACAAACCCGAGAGCGGCACCGCGGGGGGGAGGAGGGGUCGUGUCGCUGAGGAGUCUUUCGAUGUGCCGGGUACGGCCGGGAAGGGAGGCUGAGCUCUGCGGGAGCACGGGGACGAGAUGCCUGUGGUGUGGCCAACGCUUCUGGAUCUCAGCAGAGAUGAAUGCAAGAGGAUCCUUCGCAAACUGGAGCUGGAGGCAUAUGCGGGUGUCAUCAGUGCCUUACGUGCACAGGGAGAUCUUACGAAAGAGAAGAAGGAUCUUCUUGGAGAACUCUCUAAAGUUCUUAGUAUUUCAACAGAGAGACAUCGUGCUGAAGUUCGAAGAGCAGUAAAUGAUGAACGGCUAACGACUAUUGCACACAAUAUGUCCGGGCCAAACAGCUCUUCGGAAUGGUCUAUAGAAGGUCGUCGACUGGUGCCGCUGAUGCCACGUCUUGUUCCACAAACAGCUUUCACUGUUACAGCUAAUGCUGUUGCCAAUGCAGCUGUUCAGCACAACGCAUCUCUUCCGGUCCCUGCAGAAACUGGAAACAAGGAAGGUGUCAGCUGCUCAGAUGAUGAUGAAAAGCCCCGCAAAAGACGGCGAACUAAUUCUUCUAGUUCUUCCCCUGUUCUCCUAAAAGAAGUCCCGAAGGCAGUGACUCCUGUCACUAAAACUAUCACAGUGCCUGUAAGUGGCAGCCCCAAGAUGAGUAAUAUAAUGCAGAGCAUUGCCAACUCCUUACCACCACACAUGUCGCCAGUGAAAAUAACCUUCACUAAGCCCUCAACACAGACAACAAACACAACAACACAGAAGGUGAUAAUAGUAACCACAUCUCCAAGCUCAACUUUUGUACCCAACAUCCUUUCCAAGUCCCACAACUAUGCAGCAGUUACGAAACUUGUUCCAACAUCAGUCAUCGCCUCGACUACUCAGAAACAGCCGGUGGUUAUCACUGCUUCUCAGUCCUCUUUGGUCAGCAGUAGCACCAGCAGCAGUAGCUGUUCCACUCCCUCCUGUACUGCAAGUACAAUUGCUGUGACUGCUGUGGUAUCAUCAACGCCAUCUGUGGUCAUGUCAACGGUAGCACAAGGUGUAUCCACAUCAGCGAUUAAAGUAGCCUCUACCAGACUACCUUCCCCAAAAGGUUUGGUUGGGAAUCCAACGCAAAUCUUAGCACAGUUCCCCAAACAGCAUCAACAGUCCCCCAAGCAGCAACUGCACCAAAUGCAACAGACCCAGCAGCAGCAGCCACAGCAGCAACAGCAGCAGCAGCCACAGCAACAACAGCAGCAGCAGCCACAGCAGCAACAGCUGGCACAGUCUUCUGUAGCUCAACAGCAGCCACAGCAAUCUCAAUUUCCACCUGGCAUCAAGCCCACCAUUCAGAUCAAACAGGAAUCAGGUGUUAAAAUAAUCACUCAGCAGGUGCAGCUCAGUAAAAUCCUUCCCAAACCAGUUACAGCGGCAUUGCCCAGCAGUAGCAAUUCACCUAUAAUGGUGGUUAGCAGUAAUGGGACUGUCAUGACAACUAAACUGGUCACUACUCCCUCUGGAACUCAAGCAACAUAUACACGACCAACAGUUAGUCCCUCUAUAGGGGCUCGGAUGGCUGGAACUCCAGGGGCUGCAACUUAUGUGAAAACCACGAGUGGUAGCAUCAUUACGGUAGUACCAAAAUCACUGGCUACGUUGGGAGGCAAGAUUAUCAGCAGUAAUAUUGUCUCUGGAACUACAACCAAAAUCACUACAAUUCCAAUGACAUCCAAACCCAAUGUGAUCGUUGUGCAAAAGACUACUGGAAAAGGAACCACAAUUCAAGGGCUUCCUGGCAAAAACGUUGUCACAACGUUGUUGAAUGCUGGGGGGGAGAAAACUGUUCAGGCAGUGCCAGCAGGAGCAAAACCUGCUAUCAUCACUGCCACGAGACCCAUCACAAAAAUGAUUGUUACACAGCCAAAAGGAAUAGGGUCCACGGUCCAGCCAGCCACCAAAAUCAUCCCAACUAAAAUUGUUUAUGGUCAGCAAGGGAAAACGCAGGUUCUCAUAAAACCAAAGCCAGUGACAUUUCAAGCAACAGUUGUGAGCGAACAAACUAGGCAGUUGGUAACUGAAACAUUACAGCAGGCAUCAAGGGUAACAGAGACAGGAAAUUCGUCUCUCCCAGAAGUGAAAGAAGAACCACAAAGCUACACUGAUAGCAGCUCUUCUUCUACAGAGUCCUCUCAGAGCUCUCAAGAUUCUCAGCCUGUAGUUCAUGUGAUUGCUUCAAGAAGUCAAGAUUGGUCAGAACACGAAAUAGCUGUGGACACCAGCCCUACAAUCAUUUACCAGGAUGUAUCCAGUGAAUCUCAAUCAGCUACUUCCACAAUAAAAGCUUUGCUAGAACUUCAGCAGACAACAGUGAAGGAGAAGUUAGAAUCGAAGCCAAGGCAGCCUACCAUUGACUUGAGCCAAAUGGCUGUCCCAAUACAGAUGACCCAAGAAAAGAGACAUUCUCCAGAAAGCCCUUCUAUUGCUGUUGUAGAAUCAGAAUUAGUUGCUGAAUACAUCACAACUGUUAGUCAUCGGUCCCAACCCCACCAGCAGUCAUCCCAGCCCCAGAGGACUCUGCUGCAGCACGUGGCUCAGUCACAGACAGCAACGCAGACUUCUGUUGUGGUGAAAUCUAUCCCCGCAUCCUCCACAGGCGCAAUUACCCAUAUCAUGCAGCAGGCCUUAAGCAGUCACACUGCGUUCACCAAACAGAGUGAACAGCUUGGAACUGAGGAGGGAGAAGUGGAAGAGAUGGACACCUUAGAUCCUCAGACCGGCCUGUUCUACAGAUCCGCCCUGACACAAUCGCAGGCACAAAAACAGCAAAAACUGAGUCAGCCACAGCUGGAACAGACUCAACUGCAAGUGAAAACUCUGCAAUGUUUCCAGACUAAGCAGAAGCAGACAAUCCACCUGCAGGCCGACCAAAUCCAGCACAAACUCCCACAAAUGCCCCAGCUUUCUAUAAGGCAUCAAAAGCUAACCCCCCUGCAGCAAGAGCAAGCACAGACCAAACCAGAUGCACAGCACCCCCCACACCACAUGAUGGCCAAAGAAAGGCAGCUCCCUACCUUAGUGGCUCAGCCACAGCAAACUGUAGUACAGGUGCUUGCAGUAAAAACCACGCAGCAGCUGCCCAAACUGCAACAGGCACCAACGGCACAAAAAAUCUACAUGCAACCCCAACCCCCCCAGAGUCAAAUGCAGCUACCUGCCUCUUCAGAGAAACAGCCAGCAAGCCAGUAUCCAAUUAUAACUCAAGGAUCCACUGUUACAAAGAUAACUUUUGAGGGGCAUCAACCUCCUGUUUCAAAGGUAGCAGGUGGCAGUUGUGUGCCCAAACUGGCACUGCCAGUUACAUUUCCCACGCAGGCAUCCAUGAAGAGAGCAGUAGCAGACAUUUUGAGAAUGUCUAUGUUGGUGGAAGCUCAGAUUGAUACAGAUGUAGAAACUGGGAUAGUGGAUCCACAGAUCAAGGCCAUGUCCACUAGUAAACCUGCUAGCGAAGCAGAGUCGUCACCUUGUACCCAGGUGCCGAGGGUGGCUGCAGUAGGGAUGACGGCAACUUCCAUCCCCCAGCAACAGACAUGUAAAGAACCCCGUUCAAGUCCUCCUGCUGUUGGUCCUACUAUAACAGAGAGGAAACUCGAUGCACAAGGAAUGCCUACAACAAACCAGUUUAUACACAUUCAGAAUGUAUCACAAAAGAAAGCUGAAGAGAGUUCAUCAGAAAUUGUUAUCCAGACUAUCCCUCGAUAUUCCAUCCCUUGUCACUCCAGCUCCAACGUGGUAGUGGAACCCAGCGGGCUCCUGGAGCUCAACAACUUCACCAGUCAGCGUCUCGAUGAUGAGGAGACUGCAGUGGAGCAAGACGUGGACAGUAGCGCCGAGGACGGCACUGAGCCCAGCCCCUCUCAGAGUUCUGCUGAACAAUCCUAAGGAACGGGGACACUGGAGUGCACUUUAACCUAUCUGGGGAUUUGAGUAUCCCAGAUGCCCUUGUUUUGUGAUGUCUUAGAGCACUUUGCCUAUUAGAGUUGUUCAUUGGACCCUUGAAGCAUCAGUGUGUUUUAACAAGACAGUAUUGCAAAAAGCUGCAUCUUAGAAAUUGUUUCCAAAAGAGGUGUAGUUACUGAGAUACAGUAAUCCCAUGACAGUGGAAUGUACUCCUGUUAACAAGCAAAUCUGCAGCGAAUUCUACAGCUCGUGCUAUUGAAGCCCUUUGCCCAGGUACUGAAAGAGCUUUCGCUGAGAAGGGAUCUUUAAUUCGCUGCGUCUCUUUGUUAGCUGCUGAGCAAAACACCAUCAAAGACGAGAAUGUGUAAUAAAUAUUUGUAUUUUUAAAUAGCAUGUGAGAGAGAAACGGUGUCUGACAGUGCUGGAAAAGCCCCAGGAGUUUUGGAAUUGGUUAGCUUUCUCGCACUUGUGCUCACUUAAAGAGUUUAGAGAUUUUCUUCUUUUUUUUUUUCAUAAGCCGAAAGAUAUAGUUUAUUUUUUUAAAAUUCUCGUUGUUGAAUGUUUGGAAAUAAGCAAAAUCACGAACUGGGAGCAGUGUGGAUUUGCUCGUGGGUUUUUGUUUUCGUGCUUUACAGGAAUUAGGGUAACUGUCUAUGAGCAGUUUCUUUGCGCCAUCAGCACCCGAAAUGCUCAUCAGCUCUAGCUGAUCUCUUAUUAUUUAUUUAAAGCUUAAAAGUGAGUCCCAAGUUGUUUUAAAAAGUUCCUGUUAAACAGGCAGGUGUGUAAAUUCUAGUACAAGAGGGUUGUGGGGGGAUGUAUUUUGCUAGAUAUCCAUUUUUCAGAACUGGGGGAUAAAGUGGUUCCACGUCUUUAAAAGCUGAACCUCAGCGUUUAGAAGGCUUUGAAAAAUACUGUAUUUUGCUCUUACGUGCUGUUUUUAAAGUGACCACUUGGGGAGUUUCGAUGCUUAGCUCAAUAUACAGCGGUAGGUUUCAGAAAUCAGCCUUAUGACUUGGCUUGUUGAAGCAAUACAUUGGGUUUCUGUGAUAGUUACAAGCCACAGAGAAGGGGGGGUGUGGGUUCAGGUGGGUUACAAGAACCGGUUUUAAUACGUUCUGCUAAUGAAGACAAUACUUUUUCUUUUUGUUUCAAAAUGUAUAUAAAAAAAACCCACGUUUUUAACUGUUUUUGUAUAGAUUUCAUUAUAAAUAACUAAGCAUUUUAAGACUUUUGACAUAUCAUUUAAUUGUAUAUACAUCUAUCAACCUAACUGCCCACUUUUUGGUGCUGGAGUACUACUGUAAGUAGAUUUCAUCCAAAGUCGAAUACGGUCUUUUGCGUCAGUCUUUUUUUUAAGCUGUGAUUUUACUGUUGAUACUGUAGUUACGAUUAAAUUCCAACUAGAGUGAACUCUCAAACAGAAAAUACAAAAGCUAAAACAUUGA